AUGGCAUCCACUCCUCAGGCGCAGGCGGACUCAGUCCUAUCUGCAGUCUCAUCCAUAUCGACAUGUUCAUCGGCUACUGUCGUUCUGCUCAAGAACCUGCUUAUACCAAAUGACGCGAUUGACCCUACCAAACCUUCGACCGCAAACGAGACGCGCACAACAAAGAGUACCCGAACAACCAAGGCCUCAACUGCCAAAACCCCAGCCAAGAAGGCAGAAAAAUCUGCGCCGGACGGUCUAGGUCUCACCUCAAAGGAGCGCGCAGGACUCGCCACCAAGGUUGUGAAUGCGACCUUGAAGACACUCGGCGAUGCUGCAAAACCUGCAUCUGCCGCGGCAGCCCAGCCGCCGGCCGAGGCCCAAGGUCUUGCCAAGAAGGCAUCCCGGGCUGCGCUGCGACGAUCGAGCUCUGCACCGAUGACGCCUCUCAACCCACGAACCCUGAACAGGACCUCCUCCUCGCCCACGAAACCAGCUCCACGGCCGACCUCUUCAUCAUCCGCAGCAGCAACGGCCAGGUCCAAUGGCUGCCUGGCCGUUGUAGAAUGCGCGCGCGUAGCUUUCAGUGCGCUCAGGGGGCUUCAGGCCACGGGAGAGACAAAACUACCUGAACUACAGUUGGAGAAUGGUCUUUCUGCGCUCGCAAGUCGGCUAGUCGCAGUUGGGAUGCUGGAUCAGGCGGUCAAGGAGCUUCGCCAUCUAAAGCAGCGAUUGGACUCCCUCUUGGGAUCAUCCACUGCAGCUGCCCCGGCUCCUAAGAAAAAGACGGCGAGGGCUGCGCAGUCGGAAACGGCAGCUCCAGUUGCCCGCGUGUCAGACAUUCUUGACUUUGGUGUGAUGCAGCUUGAAAACGCCGGAGCAAUCACUGAACUGGUUAUAUCGACGCAGUUGCUGGCCCUCAGGGUGCUCUCGCUAAUGAAGAAGCCGCAACAUACUCAACCUGCUGUCGAAUACCUCAAAGAUGCUACCAAAAUAUCACCCCUCGGCCUGCUGCUCGCAUCCGUGGAAUGUGGUCUCAAGACCCCUGACAAGGCCGCUCGGCAGCUGGAGACAUUCUCUCAGCUCCUGUUGUCCCUCUCGCCGAGUGUGUCGAGCAAGGUCGAUUCUGAAGCAUGUGAGCCGCGUCUAAACAUCUCGCCCUCGGCCGCGUUCGAGGUGCAUGUCCUUGGAUUGGAAGCAAGGACACACUGGUGGAGCUUGGCUGGGCACAAAGGUGACGUUGAUAAGGACAUAAUCCAGCCAUUAUGGAGGUGUCUCGGGGCUUAUGUUCGAAGAAAGCCCGCCGCGGAUGAGUCGUUGUAUCUCAGCUGUGCAGACGCCGUUCAACGCGUCGUUCAGUUGGCCAAGGAUAAGGGUUUCAAGCCGACCGAGUCCUUCAAAUCGCCAUUAGCCAGUUUAUAUCAGGCCCUCGGGGCUAUGGCAAGGGAGUCAAGGCAGUACCAGGAGGCAGCUAUCUGGAUCAAACGACUAAAGGGACUGUUACAGCCCAAUGAGGACUCGGACACCAGCCGUUGUUCCGUCGCGGCCCUACUACUCUCCGUUCAGCUCAAGGAUGCCGAACAGUGUGCCGAGAGCGAGAACCUGCUACGCGAAGUACUAGAGGGUAUCCAAGGCGUACUCAAGGGGAACACCAGUGAUCUGGAGAGCCUGCUCACAAAUGUGAAUCUUGCCAGACGAUCGGCAAUGAACGCAUUAGUAGACCAUGAGUCAAUACCUACUUCCUCAAAACGACUCAUGGAAGAGCUCGUUCUCCAAUGUCCCAAGUUCUGUCUAAGAUGGCUGGGAAAACCUAUACCUGCCAGUGGAAGCACCAAGGAUUUUGUGAGCUACGAACAGCGGCGACAAACUCUGGCUACGAUGCUGCAACAUAUGCUCGAUUCGGCAUUCUUGGUGCUCAAGAUCCUUAUGGACGAAAAACGAGUUUGCUGGACGCAAAUGGACUCCAUCCUAGCUGACUGCCUCACAUUCCUUGAUUACAUGGGAGAUGCAGCACCCAAGCCUGGGUCUCCAGGCAACUCGCCCUAUGUCAAAAUGUCACUUUUCCACUGGAUCCACUACAGUUCACUUGUCGAGUCUAGCAAAGACCCCAAAGACCCGGAGCCGCUCAGAGCACUGCGCCGAUCCAUCGAGUGCGUCAAGCAUCGCCCUGCAGCCGAGAAGGAAAAGACGCAGUUUGCUAUGAAACUCGAACGCAUGGCUGAGCUCUGUCAAUCCUUGGGUCGCAUUAGCGAGGCUCUUGGGGCACUACAAACACUCAGGUCCGCAUUGAUAGAGGAUGGGGCGCUCGAUGAGGUUGUUCAAGCCUCGACAAGCCUACCCCCUGCCCUUGCCUGGAAGUGCAGUCCUAAAACAGCCAGUCUUUCACGAAUCUUGACAUCUAUCGCGAAGCUAGAGCAGAUUUGGAUAGACUGGUCAGUCGAUAUGACGGAACUGGAACAGAUGGCUGUUCGGGAACAUCGAUUACACUUCAUUCUCAUGAAAAGUGACCGUAUGCUUCCCACGAUGACUGAUAAAACGGUCGAAUCACUACUCACGAAGUAUUACCCCACGAGACAUCCGAUAUGCCGCCUGCGAACGCUUUUAUGUCUUUUUGUUGUCCAUCUCGACAACUCGGAUGAACUCCCGGCAAUAGAGUCUCAGAUCGAGGCUGUCGUCGGCCUGAUUAAGAAGUCUGGUUUCGGAGAAGACUCGGCUCUGAGUAGCUAUAUGGAGCAUUACAGGGCCUACUACAAGUCGCUUUCUGCCAUGAAAUCCCAAACACCGGACCUUGAUCGUAUUGAGCAGUCCAUUCGUCAGUGGAAAACGAUCACGGAAGCAUGCUUAACACCCGCGGACUUGAAAAGACGCAUUGACGAUGCCUCUCAUCUCGUUCGUCACCUACAGUCACUAAUAGACUUUUCCAAGACAAUGGGGCAAGACUCUCUCCAACUCUCUGCUCUCGAGCUUGUAACAAAAAUCUCGGAGUUACUGGAAGAAUCGGACACCGACGUCCGGCUUGCGUCAAACUCCAGACUAGCAUUGCUCUAUGCCAGUACGGGUCGAUCCUCUCUGGCCCACAAAGCUCUCGAAGCUGGCUUGAAGUUUGCCCAGGAAAAAGAGGUUGUCUCUCGGGAGAGCAUCGCAAAUUUUCACCUUGCUUUUGCUGAGUUCCAACUGUUCACUGGUAACUUGAACGAGGCAGAGGUGCACUUCAAGCAAGCUCAGAAACAUGCUACAGAUGUAUCCAACAAUUCGAUAGCCAGGUCUCAGCGCAGAGAUCUGAUAACAUAUGCAUCGCUACUACAGUCAAUGAUAGCCUCUAAGAAAGGCGAGGCACACCACGCUUUGGUCCAUGCAAGGGAGACAGUUCGUAUUCUCUUUCGAGAAUGGACGAAACUCGAAAGAGCCGCAUUGAGCUCACCGACAACGGAUCAAGCAAAUGAAAGCCAGGGCAGUAUAAGCCUCGUGGCAUCUGUGGCUGGGGCUCCAAGCUCGGGAUCUGGCGAUUCGACGGUCACCGCUGGGCCGGAGUUUUGGAGACUUUUUCAUCCAUUGUUCCGCAGCUUGUCUCACUUGUCCUCUGUUUAUGCCCACCUGGGAAUGUUCCAAGAAACGGUAUACUACGCGGAACAAGCACAGAAACUUGCACAGACCACAGGUGCCAGGCUCUACUUGGCCCAGUGCGAGUCCUGGAUGGCUUCCGUGUACUUGAGAGCAGGCAAGCUGCAGCGAUCGCUCGAGCUUGCGAACUUGUCGAGCUCCAAACUUCUUGGUGGUGACCAGUCAUGCACAGCCGUGGCCCUAGCAUGUCAGCUCGGAGGGCUUUACCGCGAUCUGGAGCAAUUUGAAGCAGAGCUCAGGAUGAUCCAACGCGCUGAGGAGACACUGCUCGCCAUCGACAGGGAAAUCGCCGAGGUGGCCGAGAAGGAGGCUGAAGAUGAAGAUAAAGAACCGGCCUCAUCAAUGGCGCGUAAAGGCACUGCGAGAACCGCCAAGCUGCCGAUCAGGGAGAAGCCAGCCGCGAGACAAGCCACACGAAAGGCUGCUGCAACCACAACAAGUGCGCGCAGGACAACCAAGAAGGCUGCACCAGCAGUUGAGAGCACAACCGCGUCAUCAGUCCCUGCACCGUCAGAGUCCACCGACAUCAUCAUCUCUACCUUGAAGGCAUCCCUAGCAGUGCACAAGGCUGUCUCGUUUGUCAACAAAAAAGACUGGAACGCUGCAAAAGAGACGCUUCAAAAGUCUCAAGCUCUGACGAAGCUGGCGAGGGGCAAACUUGGAGAAAUGUUGGCGCAAGCAAUGUGCCACUUUGGUCAGUGUCAGGAGCAAAUGACAAGGGAUGCAGUUUUCUCAGUCAUACAGGACUCGACGCUCUCGUUUCCUGCAGUUUGCAAAGGUGCUUCCGAUCGCCCGUCGCCCGCCAAACCCACACAGCCUCAGAAAGGGAGGUCUGCCGCUGGUGCUGCCAGCAAGCGUCACCCUGACUUUCUCGUUAAUCUCCAAGCCGCCCAUGACUGUCUUGUGGAGGCCCAUUCGAUCGCUGUCGUCUCGGGAGAUGCGGCCAUGGUGCACCGGAUAGCUGUAAUGCUACAGAGCACCGUGCUGAUCCUUUCAGCGACGGGUACAUCAAAACCUCGCCUCGUGGGAUCUCAAGAUUUGGCAACCUGUUCGGUCGAAGCGGCGCAGAACCUUACAUGGAGGAGGGAGCGCAAAGCGUUGCUUCUGGAGAAGCACGCCAUCAGGAACGAGGCACUUGAGUGGCCGAUGCCGAUCAGCCUGGGAGAUUCUUCUCCAGGUGGACGUUUGAGUCUGGCCCCCGUUGCGGAUAUGAGCCGCUUUCAGCGUGACUACAUUGACAUAAUCCCCAAGGACUGGACGGUAAUCUCGGUCUCGCUAAGUGACAACAAGCACGACUUGUGUAUCUCGCGCCUACAGGCAGGUCAUACCCCUUUUGUCAUUCGCCUACCACUCGAGCGCGCAACUUCUCGCGACACGGACAACGAAUCGUUCAACUACCAGACAGGCCGCGCCGAACUGCUCGAAAUCAUUGAACUUGCCAACGCGAGCUGCCACGACGCUCGAGACAUGUCGGCCAAGGGCGCCAAAACGGCUUGGUGGGCCCACAGAGAGGAGCUCGAUGGACGUCUGAAGGGCUUGCUCGACAAUGUUGAGCAGGUAUGGCUCGGUGGCUUCAAGGGGAUUUUUUCCCAACAAAAGCGCUGUUCUGAGCUGCUCGCACGGUUCCAGAAGAGCUUUACUCACAUUCUGGACAAGCACCUGCCAUCCAGGAAGCAAGUCUGGGGCAAAAGGUCAAAAGCGGCCUCGGCUUCCGCGUCCACGGCUAACAAGGUUACGCUUGAUCCUCGAAUCCUGGAACUCUUUGUGGGUUUGGGAGACGUCACUGAUCCCGACUGUGCUGAUCUUGACGAUGCUCUGAACGACCUGCUCUACUUUGUCGUGGAUAUCCUGCAGUUCCAUGGCGAGCCUAAUGCCUAUGAUGAGAUUGACUUUGACGCAAUGAGCGUUGAUACCUUUGACGCUCUACACUCAUACUACACGGCGAUGAAAGAGACGAACGGCAGAAAGGGCUCAACUGAAAAUAGAAACGCCCAUACUGUCCUUGUCUUGGACAAGGCUUUGCACGUGUUUCCGUGGGAGUCCCUACCUUGCAUGGAGGGUAACGCUGUCUCUCGUGUUCCCUCCCUAGAAUGCCUCCGGCGACUGCUACUCGAUAGAAAAAGACCAGAGACAACAACGGAGGAGCACCCGAACCUUCCUUUGAGCGGGAGGCACGUCUCCCGAAACUCAGGCACAUGGAUCCUCAACCCUGGCGGCGAUCUCAAGACAACACAGACCACCUUUGAGACAUCUCUCGCGUCGUCUCUUGGAAAGCAGAGCAACUGGCACGGCAUGGUCGGGCGCGUCCCCACCGAGUCCGAGUUCGAAGAGGCGCUCCGCAGCAGGGACAUCCUACUCUACUUUGGGCACGGCAGCGGCGCGCAGUACAUUAGAGGCAGGACGGUUCGCCGGCUCCAGGGAGGCUGCCGGGCCGCGGUCCUGCUCUGGGGCUGCAGCUCGGCGUCUCUGGCUGAGGCGGGCGACUUUGAGACGCAUGGUCCCGUGUGGAACUACCUGAUGGCGGGCUGUCCGGCCGUCACGGGUACGCUGUGGGACGUGACGGACCGCGACAUCGACCGGCUGGCAGUCAGGGUCUUUGAGGAGUGGGGACUGGUCGGCGAAGGUGUCUUUAAGGAGGAGGCAAAGACCAGGGGCGGCAAGAGGACCGCCGUGGCGAGCGCUGACAGAGAGGUAGCGCCGGCGGCGAGGGAGCCCCACACCUCUCUGGUACAGGCCGUGGCCAAGGCGAGGGAUGUCUGCAGGUUCAGGUACCUGACCGCGGCGGCGGUCUGCGUCUACGGUAUACCUGUUUACUUGGAUGAUGAAUAA